AUGGAAAAUUUUCCACUUGCAAUAUCUGAUACAACCAUGAUGGAUGUUGAUGUAUCACUAAAAUAUUUAGCACUUAAUGCUCUUGAUUUAACAGUUCCAGCAAGUGAUAUAUUAUUAAAAAAUCGUUUAAAAUCAUGGUUUCAAUUAUCUGGACAUCCAGAUGGUUUUGCACCAGCUGGUCCUGGUACAGUAUGGAAACGUUUAACUGGUGAUUAUUUAUUAUUUGGUUUUAAUGAUCCAUAUGUUAUGGAUAUUAAACUUGGUACACGUACAUUUUUAGAAACAGAAGUAUCAAAAAAAAUUGCUAGAAAUGAUUUAUAUGAAAAAAUGAUUGCUGUUGAUCCAAAUGAACCAAGUUAUAAUGAACAUUGUUGUAAAGCUAUUACAAAAUUACGUUAUAUGUUAUUUCGUGAACAACAAAGUUCAACAUGUUCACAUGGUUUUCGUAUUGAAGCUAUGAAGCUAGCUGGUAAAGAACCAAUUACAAAUUUAAAAACAGUUAAACAUCAUAGUCAUGUUUUUGAUACAAUGAGCUCAUUUAUUGGUAAUAGAAAAAAAACAUGUCAUGAUAUUUUAAUUAAACUCAAUGAUUUAAGAUCUCGUACAAUAUUGCGAAUUUAA